CAGCGCUGGCGGGAGGAGCAGAAGCCCGCGGAGCCGGUGGUGGAGGAGGAGGAGGAGGAGGAGGAGGAGGAGGGCGCCGAAGGCGCGAAAAGGCGCGCAGGCGCGCUGCGCGGAGCGGGCUCGCCGCCGCCCACGUCACCGCGCCGCGCGCACGUCACGCCGGCCCGACGCUCGGCCAGGGAAAGUCAUUUUCUUCUCUGGAGGGUGGACGUUUAUAGCAUCGAUUUCCCGGAUCUGGUAACAUGGCAAAAGAUGCUGGUCUAAUUGAAGCCAACGGAGAGCUCAAGGUCUUCAUAGACCAGAACCUGAGCCCGGGAAAAGGCGUGGUGUCUUUGGUGGCUGUUCACCCGUCCGCAGUGAACCCGCUGGGGAAGCAGCUCUUGCCGAAAACCUUCGGACAGUCCAAUGUCAACAUUGCCCAGCAAGUGGUCAUUGGCACGCCGCAGAGACCGGCAGCGUCAAACACUGUCGUGGUAGGAAGCCCACACACCCCCAACACUCACUUUGUCUCUCAGAGCCAGCCUUCCGACUCCUCACCUUGGUCCGCUGGGAAGCGCAACCGGAAGGGCGAGAAGAACGGCAAGGGCCUGCGGCACUUCUCCAUGAAGGUCUGCGAGAAGGUGCAGCGGAAGGGAACCACGUCCUAUAACGAGGUGGCGGACGAGCUGGUGGCCGAGUUCAGCGCCGCCGACAACCACAUCCUGCCGAACGAAUCGGCCUACGACCAGAAGAACAUACGGCGGCGGGUCUACGAUGCCCUGAACGUGCUCAUGGCCAUGAACAUCAUCUCCAAGGAGAAGAAGGAGAUCCGGUGGAUCGGCCUGCCCACCAACUCGGCUCAGGAAUGCCAGAACCUGGAGGUGGAGAGACAGAGAAGACUUGAAAGAAUAAAACAGAAACAGUCUCAACUUCAAGAACUUAUUCUGCAGCAAAUCGCCUUCAAGAACCUGGUGCAGAGGAACCGGCACGCAGAGCAGCAGGCCAGCCGGCCGCCCCCACCCAACUCAGUCAUCCACCUGCCCUUCAUCAUCGUCAACACCAGCAAGAAGACCGUCAUCGACUGCAGCAUCUCCAAUGACAAGUUCGAGUACCUGUUCAACUUCGACAACACGUUUGAGAUCCACGACGACAUCGAGGUGCUGAAGCGGAUGGGGAUGGCCUGUGGGCUGGAGUCGGGCAGCUGCUCUGCGGACGACCUCAAAGUGGCAAGAAGCUUGGUACCGAAAGCUCUGGAGCCAUAUGUGACAGAGAUGGCUCAGGGGUCCAUCGGCGGGGUCUUCCUCACGACGGCGGGUUCCACGUCCAACGGCACGAGGCUGUCCGCCAGUGACCUGAGCAACGGCGCGGACGGGACGCUGGCCACCAGCUCCAACGGGUCCCAGUACAGCGGCUCCAGGGUGGAGACCCCGGUGUCCUACGUCGGGGAGGACGAGGACGACGACGACGACUUCAACGAGAACGAGGAGGACUGACGUCCCCGCGGCGUCCCCGCGGCCUCCAGCCCCAGCUGCCGGAGAAGCUGUUGAGGGAAGAGACACUUUUUUAACGUGGUUUUUGUUUCUUUUUGGCGACUCCCGAGAAGACGCCGGCGAGCUGCUGGCCUGGGGACGCUGCUGCGGCGCGGGGACGCGUGUCGCCGGCCCGCCGCCCGGAGCCCCUCCCUGCCCCUUCGCUUUCGUGUUUUCAUUUUCUCCCUUUUUUUGUUUUAAACUCAGAGUUCAUGUUUGCCUCUUAACAAUUCUUGCUGAGUUUGCUGAGUUGGCGCCGCCCGGCGCGCCCAGAACCGCGCAGACGGCGGAGCUCCGCGCCCAGACGGUGCGCAGCGUGCGUUCUUUUGCGACUUUAUUUCCCCUUAAAUUAUAUUGACUGCUGAGAUUCCAUCCAGUUCAUACACCUUUUCCCCUCUACAUUGCAGCAACCAAUUGCAAAGCGCUUCUUUGGUUUGUUUUUGUUCGGUUUGGUAAGAGCCUGCGCCACGCUGGCGCAGCUGCGGGGACGGGAAGGCUUGGAGUGGUUAUUGCUUAUGGUAAAUUUGCCUGAUUUCUUACAGGCAGCGUUUGGAAACUUUUUAUUAUAUAGUUGUUUACAUGCUUAUGAGUCUAUCAUUUAAAGACAUGUACCGAAACAAACGUUGUAUUUGUUUCGCAAGCAUCUUCCUGUAAUCUAUUAUAAAGUUGAAAUUAAAUAUAGAGAAUGUUUUAACAGUUUUUUAACUCAAAAUUUGUCAAUCAUUUUUAAUAGUUCUUUUUUUAUAAAAAGGAAAAGGAAUUUAAGGACAGGCAGUCGUCUCUGUUAAAAUUUAUUCACAAAAACCAUUAACUGCACAGUUGCUGUUGGCUGCCUGUUCUAAAACGAUAGUCUUUUUAUUGAAACACAAAUAAACUUUUCUGUAAUAUUUUAUGGAAUAUAAAGAGACUUUAAUUGUUUGACUUGUUUAACUUGGCACUGUUAGUUUUUAUUAAUAAAACGCGCAUGGGCAUUUUAAACAA